GUCACCGACGUACGGCCCCAAUAAACUUCCCGACACGUUUCGACCGCUCGAUUUCGAGAAGAGAGGGAGAAAAAGCGACAGGGCCUAGAGCGAAAUCCGGUCGCCGAUUCUUGGCGCGGAGAGGGAAGGGAGGACGAUCUUCUGCCGGUGCCGGCGAGGAAUCCGUUUGGGAAGCAGCGGGAGAGAUGGCGACGUCGAGGAAGGUAACGCUGCUGAGCUCCGACGGGGAGUCGUUCGAGGUGGAGCAGUCGGUGGCGGUGGAGUCGAUAACGAUCAAGGACAGUAUCGAGGAAGGCGGCGCCGGCAACGCGAUCCCGGUGCCCAAUGUGAACAGCAAGAUCCUGGCCAAGGUGAUCGAGUACUGCAAGAAGCACGUCGAGUCCGCCAAGGCCGAGGAUCGCGUCGACGACGAGGACCUCGUGGCCUGGGACGCCGAUUUCGUCGAGGUCGACCGGGCCACCCUGUUUGACCUCAUCCGGGCUGCAAACUUUCUGAACAUCAAGAGCUUGUUGGACCUAACAUGCCAGACAGUGGCUGACAUGAUCAAACGCAUGACCCCUGAGGAGCAACGCAAGACCUUCAGCAUCAGGAAUGACUUCACCCCAGAGGAGGAGGAAGAGGUGCGGCGGGAGAACCAGUGGGCAUUCGAAUGAUAUGUCUUAAGUCUCCUCCUGAACCUAUGGAGAUGGUUUGUGUUUUAUUUUGCCGUGUCAUUCUUUUAGUCGUUGAAACAUCUAGUAUAUGACUUUGCUUGGCUCACGAAUGUAGAUAGCGGUUCGUUAUGGUGGCAUUGUUGGUUGGCUGGAUCCUGCUUUUGGACUUCAGCUCCCUUUUAAUGUUACUAAGAUUAUCCUGUCUGAUGAUGGCCCUAUUGAUUUGAUUAUUAUAAUUUAUAUGCAUUUGAACCUUGAA